AUGCUACAUCUCAACAACUUCUUCAGCCAGAUACUUCGCCAUCGACCACCGCUGAACCCCCCACACUACACUUGUUACAACCACUUGCCCAGGCGAGCUUUCCAGUCCAUUGUCUACCCGCCCCGCAAAGGUCCCCCCAUGGCCGACAGUGACGACUUUGGUUUGUCGUCCGAAGACGAGGCUGAGCUCUUGGAUCUGGACACAUCAACAGCUCCUACACUCAAACGCAAAGCCGAUGCUGCCAAUGGCAUCGUUUCGAAAAAAUCUCGACCCAAUGAGCCCUCGGACUCUGCUCGUGCACUCGCCAACAAAGUCCUCAAACAGCGUCUUGGUUUGGACGGCUUCCGGCUGAAGCAGGAGACGGCCAUUGCUAGACUGCUCGAUGGCGAAAGCUCUGUCGUCAUCUUUCCCACGGGAGGAGGCAAGUCGCUAUGCUACCAAAUCCCGGCCUUAUGUUUCAAGGAGCUGGAUCUACAAGGCCACACAGGACGAUCGGCAGGCGAAGGCGGCAUCACGCUGGUGGUCUCGCCGCUCAUAGCACUCAUGAAAGACCAAGUCGACGCUCUGAAGCGACGUGGUAUCUCAGCAGCGGUGCUGAACUCCACCAACUCGAGAGACGAGUACAUGGCCAUAGUCGAGUCAAUGCGCAACGGAACACUCGACAUUGUGUACUGCGCACCUGAGCGUUUGAACAACGAGGGCUUUGUCUCUUCGAUGGCAAAUGUUCGCGGCGGCGUCCGACUUCUUGCUGUGGAUGAGGCUCACUGCAUCUCUGAGUGGGGACAUGCUUUUCGACCCGACUAUCUGAAGGUCGCUCGCUUCGCUAAGGAGAUCAAAGCGGAGAGAGUCGUGUGCUUGACCGCGACAGCCACACGGCAGGUUGCUGAAGACGUGCGCAAAGCAUUCAAUGUACCAGAGGAUGGCGUCUUCCGCACGACCACCUACCGCCCGAACCUCAGACUGCACGCUGAAUCAUACCAGACGAAAGCCGAAUCUUACCCUAGGUUACAAGCAUUUCUGCAGGCUCACCCAGGUUCUUCCAUUGUAUAUGUCACCACUCACAAGCAGGCCGAAAGCCUCGCUGAGCAGCUGCGCAAGCAUUCAUUCAAGGCUCGCCACUUCCAUGCUGGCAUGAAACCGAAUGAAAAGCUGGACUGUCAGGAAGCAUUCAUGCGUGCCAAUGAUUUGAUCAUGGUCGCUACGAUUGCCUUCGGCAUGGGCGUGGACAAGGCAAACAUUCGUAAUGUGGUCCACUACGACAUCCCGCGGUCCCUGGAAGGCUAUUCUCAAGAAGUUGGAAGAGCUGGCCGCGAUGGUCUCGAGAGUCACUGUAUGCUCUAUCUGUGUGCUGAAGACCUCCAUAUUCGAGAGAGCUUUGCGCGAGGCGACUUACCUUCCAAGCCAUCAGUCGAAAAGCUUUUGAAGGAGGUGUUCUCAUCGGUUCCUACGAGACCUCCGGAACGUCACAUCGAAGCUAGCCUCUACCACAUGUCCAAGGAGUAUGAUAUACGUCCCACCGUGCUCGGCAACAUUUUCGCCCAACUUGAACUACGUUUCGAGCUUCUGCGUGCAACGACUCCAAAAUACACACAGUACAGCUACACAGGCCUGAAAAACUUCGAUUGGGACAACUCUGCGAGUGCCAUCGCCAUACGCAAGAGUUCCAACAAGAAGAGCAAGUUGACAUACGUUGACAUUGACGAAGCAUGCAUGCAACAUGGAGCCGCGCGUAUGGAGGUCGUUUCGAAGCUGAAUCACUGGAACGACGAGGGCUUCAUCGAACUACGCACGGGCGGUGUGAUCAACUUGUAUCGCGUACUGAAGGACUGGCCUCCAUCUGAAAAAGAGCAGCAACGCAUUACUGACGAGCUCUACGAAGAUCUCGAGUCUAGAGAGCAGCAGGAGCUGCAGCGUAUGGAAGAAGUCACCGAUCUAAUCACUGGAGAAGCCUGCUUCGCGCAGACCUUGGCCGGGCACUUUGGAGACGCCCUUCCCGACGGUGCCAAGGAGUGUGGCCAUUGCACUUGGUGCGAAACCCGCAAAGCUGUACCAAAAGUCAAAUCACCUCAGCGUCCAUGGGACCCCAAGAAGUUCGCGAGGAUUUUGCAAGCUUGCCCGGAUAGAGAUGAUCCUCGAUAUCUGGCGCGCAUCGCCUUUGGCAUAAGCAGUCCUCGGAUCACAGCAGCCAAGCUGCACAAUAGUCCGGUCUUUGAGUCGAUGGCGGAUCAGGAUUUCAUGACUUUGCUGAAGGCCUUCACGGACAUCUGCAACAAGACCCCGACAAAAUUGCCAGGUCAGCAAGCGGUGGGCCAGGGUGCCGCCAAGAAAGCGCCUCAGCUGCCGAAGACAGAUCCGCAGGUCACUGCAGCGACUUCUGCUAAGCAGCAUCGAGACCACUUCAAGCACUUCCAGGACGUGAGCUCCGACUUCGCAGAUUACUGUGCUUCGAGAGGGAUCAAGAAUUGGCAACAAUACGGCGACUACCAAGACAAACACUAA